CAUCUGGACGUUUCGUCAUCAUCAGGUGACUUCUUCAGUCUCAGCUGACUGCAGGUUUCCAACCUUAUAAACAGGACAUUUACACAAUGACUGAAACUAGCAGCACUGAGUGAACACCGGGCUGGGAGCUGGGUGGAGACUUCUGAGGAGACCAGUAUGUCUUACUCACACUUCCCUGUGAGCACAGACAGGUCCAGAGGACGAGAGACAAACACUGACAGAACUCAAAGCAGCCGCUCAUUCAGGAACAAAAGAAUGCUUUACACUGAGUUACUGCAACUGUGGCAAAAUUCGGUAGAGGCUGUGGAUGCUAAGGACUGGCCAACAGCUCUGGCCAAACUCAAUGAGAUCAGUGAGCCCACUUCUCGCACGCUGUUUAAUACUGCCUCAUGUUACCUGGCCCUGGGGCAGCUGGAUUUGGCCUUGAAGGCUUUAGACUUAACCAUUGCUAAGGAUGAACGCCUUGCUGUCGCCUUCUUCCAGCGAGGAGCAGUGAUGAUGGAGAUGGGCAGGUUGGAAGAGGCUCUAUCUGACUAUAUCUGGGCACAGAAACAUAUGAGAGAGAACGUAGUGAUUGACUACAAACAGCUGGGACUGAGAUUUAAACUGUACAGCUGGCAGGUGUUAUACAAUGCAGCAGCUGUGUAUUGUCAGAUGGGCCAGUGGGAGCAGGCCAGAGACGUCCUGCUGUCAGCCUCCCAGGAGAAAGGACCAGGACGAGGGGGGAGCAUGGAGGCAGCUUUGGAGAGCAUCAGGAGUAAGCAGGCCCUGGAUCCUCUCCUGGUACCUGAGGGUGUGGUGUUUCGUCCCAGGAAACAGGAUGUGGAGCAGCUGCAGCAAAGAGACUUCCUGGGAAAAGCAACGGUGAUUUCCUCUAUGAUACCCAAUGAUGAUUUUGGAGGCUUUGAGCCUUUGAGGCAGCAGAAACCCGGCUUCUACGAGCCUAAUGUGGAUGGAGCUCAGGAUUCUCGAUACAUGCAGGUGCGUGUCCCUUACAUGGCCCGAGGACCAGGACAGCUGACGGUGCCCGGAGGUGCUAUGGUGUUUUUAUUUGGAGAGGAGAACAGAGAUGGGAUGGCAACUGUCAUAUAUGAUGGACAGAGAGGACUUCUGCCAGCAUCCCUUCUUGAACCAGCAGAUGUCAAGACGUCCAAAGGCAAAAAGGACACUAGAAUUCCCAGUGGGAUUCCCCUCCCACCAGGACUCAAGCCACCCACUCGCCCACAGUCUCAGCAUAGUCCUGCAGCUCCUCCUCAGGGACGUCUUACCUCAGACACACCUCCUCCAUCUUACAUUACUGCCACCCACUCUGAGACUCCCAAAUACACAGCCAAAGCACGAGACCAGCAUGCCAGCUCAGCUCAGAGAGCAGAGGCAGACUCUGUGGUGGUGAAGGUUCACUACAUUUACACUGUGGCUCUGUCUGUCCCUCUGGACACGACAUACAGUGAACUUAAGGAGCGAGUCGCAGAGAAAUUGGACCAGCCGGCAUCUCAUCUGCGCCUCAGACGUAAGCACCAUGGCUCCUGCGUGCUGACACCUCUGGAUGGGGAAAUCGAGUCAGCUCACACUGUGCAACAGUUGGCUGAGGCCGGCAGAGCUACCCUGUGGUGCCAGAAAGAAGAUCCCCUGGCCAACCGUACGAUCCUCUACCAGAUGGUGGCCCUUUAUGAUUAUGAUACUCAGGGGCCAGAAGACCUGGAGUUCAGUGAAGGUGACACUAUUGACAUCCUCGGUGAAGUUAAUCAGGAGUGGCUGGAGGGACACUGUGCAGGAAGUAUUGGGAUUUUCCCCAGCUGCUUCGCCUACAGGGAGAAUAACAAUAUCACUCCGAGCUCAGAGAUUUUGUAAUCAAAAGUUCAU